UUUUAAUUUUUUAAUUUAAAAUUUUUUAAUUGAAAGUAAAUCUUAGUUGUAACUAUAGCUUCUAUUAAUUUUUUACAAAAAUUGUUGUACACUAUAAUAUUAAUUACAAUUGGUUGGCACUAUCAGAUUAUCUCUAAACUGGUAAAAAUUUUAUGAUUCAACCUAUUGUCAUGAAUAAUGAUUCUGGUAUAAUUAGCUUUCAACAUUGUAAUCACAAAAACAUAUAUUGUAUAAACAUUCCAACUAAUUGUCCUAUUUGCAAAAUAUGUUUAAGAAAUUUACAGAACAUUCCAAUCAGAGUUCCUUAUCCUUUUGUAAGAGCAUCUCAGCAAUCAUGCUCUGUUAUUGUAAAGCCAACUCGAGGUGAUUUUUUAAAUAACUACCAAUUAAUGGAUGAUUUACAUAUUGGAGUAACAACUUCAAGAGGUACUGUUGUAUCAUAUGAUUGGGAAGGAAUCAUUGAGGAUACAGAAAAUUGGCAAGGAUGCUUAGUUGUGUUUCAACUAAAUGACCAUUGUAUGGAAACCCAUUGGGAUACUACAUUAGCAGAUAUAGUAAAAAAUGAAUGUUGGGAUAGUUCUAGAUACAACGAAGAGGAUCACAAUUGUUUUUCGUUUAUAAUAGCUUUUAUUAAACAGUUUUACAACUUCAAAUCACCGGUACAACAUAUUGAAACGAGAGAAGAUUUUGCAGAAUUAUAUGUAGCUCCAACUACGAUAAAAGCUUAUAAAUAUAUCUAUCUUUACAGAAAAAUCACUGAAAAUGGUUUCUAUAUUUACAACCAAUCGUCGAAUGAAAUAUUGUGUACGCAAUAAAAUUAAAUGGUAAUACAAUUAUUACUGUACGUAUAUAAAGUUUUUCUUUUUUAUGUUUAAUAUGAAUAUCGUUUAAUUUUCGUCAAUAACCAGAUUAGCUUAAAAUGAUUGAAGAAGAAAUACAUUUUAUUUGACAGUAUUGAUUAUAAAAAUCUUGAGAGUGUAUAUCAGAAAGAUUUUUAAGGAAUUAAAUGUAGGAGAUAGAUAGUUAUAUAAUUUUGACGAAAUUGUGAGAUAUUUUGCGGCGCAUGUACUGUAUUAACUGCCGGGUAAUCUCAAUAUUUACUCAAAAAUGAGUACAUUUGUUGUAAAUAUAAUUUAUUUUAUUUUAUACAGAUGGAAUAAAAUUAUCUUUAUUUCUUAGAAUGUUUUUUUUUUAAGUUUUAAAGUUCUGUUUAAUGUACGUUUAAAACUCUAAAAUAAUAAUUAAUAAAGACUAUAUAAUUUUCAAUUAUGAAUGAACAAAUGUUUGUAUCAAUAAAUUUA